GUGGCGAUCAUAGAGUGCACACUUAAAAAAAUGGCAAGACUGUCCAGGAUUUUUCAAUCAACUACCUUACUUGGACUGUUAGUAUGUCUUAGUCAAACAAGAGGGGCUAUUCGUGGCAGCGUGCAACCAUCAGACUAUGAAAAUUGGACAAAACGUGAUGGAGGAUGUGCUGGAAGUGACAUUUCGAGUCAUUCAUCCGUAACACUAGACGAUUGCUAUAAUAUCUGUUUUAGUACAGGUGGAUGCAUUGCAUUCUACUAUGAUUAUACAAAUCGCUGCUUUUUAAAGAACGCAAAUUGCAAUUUUCCUGGUGGUUAUCCGGGGUACCAAAUCCAUUACGACCCAGACAGUUGUAAAAUCCCAUUGAUAAAUAACGAUCCCAUCGUUAUAUUUGAAACCUCAACAACACAGAAUGACGAUCACUUGCAAUACGGACCCUACAACGCCUACAUAGACUCAACAGGAUGGACGCCAGCAGUAAGUGACGCCUCUCAAUUCUUGCAGGUGACUCUCCGUCAGUUGACCACCAUUGACAAAAUGAGUACACGGGGAGAUGGUGGAAGCCAUUGGGUAACAGAGUAUUACUUGAAGCACAAACCUCACGCUGAAGUUACCAGCUGGACGGUAAGAGGACCAUGGCAAGCAAAUAUCAAUGGCGACGACGUUGUAACACAUCUUAUACUGCCGAGGAUCAAUGCUAUAAUUGUCCGCCUAGAAAUCAAAUCCUGGCAUGGGGUAAUUGCACUCGGACUAGAACUCUAUGGGUGUUCUGCACACGAUGCUUGCUCGAGUGAACUUGUAGCAACUGACAACACAGCUCUGCUGACUGCAUCCUCAUUUGAAGAAGGAUCGGAACCCGAUAAAGCAAAGAUUGACUUCACGGGAUCAUGGGGGCUACAAUUACCAGCUAGUCAAGAUGAGUGGAUCCAAGUGGAGUUUUCUGGUCUAAGAAUAAUUGAUGGAAUAAUGACCCAGGGGAAUCCGGAAAAUAGAAACCGAUGCACAUCCUACAAAGUUGCAUCAAGAAGUAUAGACGGGAGAAACUGGAUACAGCAGGGUGGCAUUCAUGAAGAAUUGAUCGACUUUACGGAAUGUAAAACAGAUACUCUCGGCGACGCCUACAGAGGGACGCUGUCUGUCACUAACACAGGGAAAACGUGUCAGAGAUGGGAUUCUCAAAGCCCGCAUUCACACCAAGUGACUGACAAUAGUGCGGUUCCUGAUGAAACCCUGGGGGAUGCUAACAACUAUUGUCGCAACGCUAAUAGUUGGCAAGAAGGACCUUGGUGCUACACAACUGAUAGUAGCACAAGGUGGGAGUACUGCGACGUACAACUGUGUGGUAAUGUAAAAGUCUAUCGUAAAUUCGGCAAAAGAUUCUUGGCAAGGUUUGUCCGUAUUUACCCUGUAACCUGGGAGACCAAGCCAGAUAUGAGGUUUGAGCUUCUGGGCUGCAACGUCCAGGGCGGCUCAACCGAUUUGGACAUCUACAAUGAGGGUGCGUACUCAACACUUGGAAUUAUGUCAAUGGUAGAUAGCCAAAUUGAGACGUGUAUGGCUGUGCCAACCAAAGGACAACACCCAGACUUCAUACAUUUCAGCUUAGAGGACAACAGCAUCGACUGUGGAUCUGACACUGACUUCUUUGUCGUCAUGAAAGGAACAAUGGAUUGCGCAAUAGGGGAGAUGUCAGUUUAUGGUCCCGAUCCCGCUGAGGCAGCUGCCACCAAUCUCAUGGAGGGGAAGUUCCAACAAUGUGAGGUCUAUGCUGCCGGUUGGACAUCCAAUCCAGGAUCAUGUACGUUCAAGUGCGCAUGUAAUCCAUGUGGAAAGAUUGGUGUUGCAUUCUUCAAUCUCAAACCAACGAUGACGUGGAAGAUAUGUGACAUUGCUAUCAAAUCCAAAACUAUGUUUUAAACAUGUCAACAUCCAACAACUAGGAUGUUAUGGAAUGAGCCCCUCAACCAAUCAGAUUGGUGGACUCUCUGUUGUUAUGGUAUAUACAUUAUACAUAGGCAUUUAGUGAUAGAAAAUAAUAGUUUAUAGAUUCGUUCGUUUGAUUCCAUGAAUUAUUCAUGAUGACGACUAAUCAAAUUAUCUUUAACAAUGCGUUGUGCUAUAUGCAGUUGCAUUGAUAUUGUAUUUUUUGUCCAUUUCAAUUUGAUUUCAUAAUUAAUUAAUUAAUUAAAUCAAGAUAUAAGGAAACAACUCUGGAAUAUUUUAAUUACCAAAAUUACAUUUGCUGUAAAUAUGUAGAACUGUAAAAUACUUUUAAUAGAUGAUAAUUUUAAAUUUGAUUUAAUUGAUUAGAUGUGAAUGUUUCUGCAAUAUUUCAUAUCUCUCUCUCUGUUGCAUCUCUCCAGAAGGAUUUUCAAUAAUUACACACGAACGUAACCAGCAAGUUAAAUUGG